AACUUCUGCCGAUAAUUAUUCAUGUCUUGACAUUGAGUUUUACAAAUAGUUUAGGUCUUCCCCUAAAGCCACUUGUUUCAGUAUUGAACGAGUAUAAAAAGCGAUGGAAUCGAAGUUUAUAAUCACAAAUCGUUGAGUCUUCAAGUCGACAACUUGUCUGAUACGAAGAAUAAACAUCAACAAUAUGCAGGGAUUUCGUGCUAAAAUGUGGCCACUGAUUUUGGUAGUUUGUUUAUGGUCAACAGUUCAAUGCGAACCGGAACCACGAAAUGGUUUCCAACUUCCAAACGGAGCACCACCUCCAUUUAAUCCCCGUCCAGGGACUUACCCCUUCCCGAACCCACCGAAGCCAUGGGGCCCACCUCAUUUCCCGGUUCGUUUCCGUCGCUCUCCUCAGGGUUCAAUCCAAGGGGGUGUCACCGUCCCUGAGCACGGACGUCCUCAGCUGAACCUGGAUUACAAUCACAAGAUAAUUGAUAAUGGACGAUCAACGUUGAAUGGAUUUGGGGGAGUUUCCAGUCCGGAUCUGAGACACUUCCAGCCGCAUGCGGGAGUUAAUUACGAGUACAGACCCAACAAUGACUUCUUCAUCAGGGGUCAGGGGAGUGUUCAGCCACUGCCAGGUGGACGAUUCGACCCACAGAUCGGUGUUGGCAUGGGCUGGAGGUUCCGUCGAUCUCCUCAGGGGUCAGUCCAAGGGGGUGUCACCAUCCCUGAGCACGGACGCCCUCAGCUGAACCUGGAUUACAAUCACAAGAUAAUUGAUAAUGGAAGAUCGACGUUGAAUGGAUUUGGGGGAGUUUCCAGUCCGGAUCUGAGACACUUCCAGCCGCAUGCGGGAGUUAAUUACGAGUACAGACCCAACAAUGACUUCUUCAUCAGGGGUCAGGGGAGUGUUCAGCCACUUCCAGGUGGACGAUUCGACCCACAAGUCGGGGUUGGACUCGGCUGGAGAUUCCGUUGAGCUUCAAAAUUACUCGUCUGAUGAUCUGAAAUUAAUUACCUGCUAAAUAUUCAUUAUUAAAGUGUAUUUAUUUAUGAAUAAACUAUUUAUGAACUAAAUAA